AUGUUCAGUGAUGACUACAAGCAAUCCAAAGUUGUGCGUUACUCUGACUUCACAGAGACACAAACCAUUCAGUUUGAUGAUCAGGGUCGACCUGUCUUUUCAUUUCCUGGUUUCAUCAAUGAGAACAGGAACCUGGAUAUCUGUGUGGCUGACAAUAAAGCUAGAGCGGUUGUGGUGGUCAAUCAGUCAGGAAAACUCCGAUUUAGAUAUACUGGUCAUCCCUCAGAUGGCAAGGAACGAUUUUAUCCACGUGGCAUCACUACAGACAGCCAGAGUCACAUCCUGAUAGCAGACGGUAACAAUCACCGUAUCCACAUCCUAGAU